AUGGAUUUACUCGGAACAGUAAAGACACUCAUCCUGAUCCGCAAGAUCAGGCCCGAGAACGUGAGGCGUCGCAGCAUUCCAGAAACGAAGGCAACGCAUAGAUAUAUCGACCCUCCGAGUGACGUACCACAGAGAUAUCCCGCUCAUACAAUCGUCAAGACCACCAAGUAUGCGGAGGAUCGUCAUGUCUCUACCGUCUAUUCAUUGGCCGGCCAUACUCCGAUGCAGAUGGGCAAGAGGUGGGAUCAAGGCAAAUUCCAGCCCGCCGUCGACGUUUUAAUGGUCGAGCAUAAAGACAAGCCAGCGAUUAACGGAAAAGCUCGGUUUACUUGUCAAAAGAUCACAAUACAGCAUCCCGCCUUGAUCGAGAUCUUAGGACUGAUACUGGAGAACGAAGGCUUCCAUCUUGACGGGAGCAAACCUAUCGUUUUUACUCCCCCCUUCCGCCCAUUGUACAUCUGCUACGACGAGAUAGUUGGUCUGUGCGAAAAUACGAAUGAUGACUUGUUGAAGAUGUAUCUGGGAAACCUACUUACUACGCUUAACGGCAUACUAGGAGAGACGCGGAAGCAAUCACACCAACUCAAAGCCAGGGGGCUAGUCAACUUCGAUCUCGCAUGGACCUAUUUCCCCAACGGUACUAUGGUACGCAGCAGCGACUGCAAUACCAAAAUGGUCUUCAGGGUCGUGGGUACUUCGUACAAGAAGUCGGAAUCUGGCACAGCCCUCGUCAUCUACGGCGAAGCGCUCAGAUUCGACGGCGAGUCCUUCGUCUGGAUGGUCCACGAGAUUUCCAUCCAUGAGUUCUCCGGGAACAAGCCAAUUCUUGGACUGGAGUGUUAUCCAACCGAGUUUCAUCACGACCCGAAACUGUGCGCCGACGGCAUCGCGAUUGCUGACGUGGACGAGGUGAAGCGCAAUGUCGAUGGCCGCAUUCUGAUGGACGUUGAUGGGUUCAAUAAGCAUCAGACGAAGUCGAGGCAACGACAAUGGCGAUACACGAAUCGACCGAUGAUACCGCACAUAAAUGAGCAAGACACCAAGGACGGUAUACACUUUAUGAAGAAGGAGCAGAACAAGAACAAAAGACGGCCAUGGUUGAGGGCUUUGCUUUGA